AGUUUGUUGCUUAAUUUUGGAGUUCGCUAUAUUUAUACACACUUGUCCUAAACUUGCCACGAAAGUGUAACAGUCUUCGUUGCCGUAUGAGUUACAGUGUAAGAAGUAGAGAGAAGGUUAGAGGACAAGUCAGAGUGAUACACAACGUGAGCCCAUUUGCCCCAUUCAUUCAUUUUUUUCGGCAUGGAUUUCGAUCGCGUUAUUCCUCAAGACAUCUCACCACAGCUCGACGACGAUUCGGUGAAAUACGAAGCUGGAAGCAAGCAUGGAAUAAAAGCACUCAUGGUGAUGGAUGAUCUGAGAAAACGCCAGCAGUUAUGCGAUGUCACGAUCUGUGUGGGCAGCAAGAAACUCCAUGUGCAUCGCGUAGUUUUGGCCUCCUUCAGUUCGUACUUUCUCGCCAUGUUUACGGGCGGUAUGGCGGAAAGCCAUGAAGAAAGCGUAACUUUGAAAGAUGUCGACUGCAAAGCGGUUGAACUGCUCAUUGAUUUUGCCUACACCGGAAAGCUCGAUAUAACGAUUGAUACGGUACAGUCGCUGCUGUAUGCUUCGUCGUUGUUCCAACUGACCGCAAUUCAGAAAGAGUGCUCAAAUUUUCUGCGUCGUCAACUUCAUCCUUCGAACUGUCUUGGGAUCCGCUCGAUCGCGGACGCGCAUUCCUGCACAGGCCUGUUCGAAGCCUCGGAGAAGUACAUCCACGAACAUUUUAACGAUGUGGUACAGAAUGAAGAGUUUCUUCUUCUGCCUCGAGAUGACCUGGCCCUGUUACUGACCAGUGAAGAGCUCAAUGUCGAUUCUGAAGAGGACGUGUAUAAUGCGUUAAUUGCGUGGGCGAGACAAAAUGUCGAAGAGAGACAAACAUUUUUGGCUGAACUUCUUGGGAAAAUUCGCCUGCCUUCCUUGUCUCCUCAUUUUUUGGUAGAUCAAGUUGAAAAAGAAGAACUUAUUCGUCAAGACAUUGCGUGUAGGAAUCUGUUGGACGAGGCAAAGAACUUCCACAUGCUACCAGCUCGACGAAGUAAACUUGGUGGUCAAAAAUCUCGACCAAGAAGGUCCACAUUUGGAAGUCUAUACAGCAUUUGUGGCAUGGAUUCAACAGGUCAUGCAUUAAGAUCUGUUGAGAGAUACGACUUUCACAGUGGGAAAGUAAAGGAUGUCUGUCCAAUCAACACUCCACGCAGUGGCGUGGGUGUGGCUGUUCUUGAUGGCAAGAUUUAUGCAGUGGGUGGACACGAUGGAUCAACAUAUCUAAAUAGCGUGGAAUGCUAUGAUACCAGUACAAAGCAGUGGAAGUAUGUUGCGUCCAUGAGUCAUCCACGUCGUUAUGUUGCUGCUGCUGUCCUGAAUGGUUUGCUGUACGCCAUCGGUGGCUAUGAUGGCUUUUCAGUCCUGGACUCAGUUGAGGUGUAUGAUCCCAGACUGGAUCAAUGGAAACGAGUGGCCAACAUGUCCAAUGCACGCAGGCAUGUUGCGGUUGGUGUUUUGGAUAAAAAGGAUGCAGGGGAUGAUACUUCUGGCCCAGGCUACCUGUAUGCUGUGGGUGGUCAUGACGGAAUAACUUACUUAAAGACAGUGGAGAAGUACGACCCAGAGACAAAUGCUUGGACUUCUGUUGCAUCCAUGGGGGCACGGAGAGGUGGUGUGGGCGUAGCUACCCUUGGAGGAUGCUUGUAUGCCACAGGAGGCUAUGAUGGAACAUCUAACCUCAAUACAUCAGAACGCUAUUACCCAGAUGAAGACAGAUGGGCUUUUGUUGCCCCAAUGAGCGUGUGUCGCAGUGGACAUGGUGUGGGAGUUGUGAAUGGGUGUCUGUAUGCACUGGGUGGGCAUGACGGUGUGUCAUACCGAAACAAGGUGGAAUACUUUGACCCACAAGUUGGUGAAUGGACAACUGUUGGCCCCAUGGGAAUGUGCAAAGCUGUGGCUGGUGUGGCUGUUAUAAAGGAACAUUAAAUCUUAAUCUUUAUAGGUUUAUGCACAACAUUCCUUAUGGAGUCAAAGCAGCUGAACUGUGGGAAUGAACAGAGCUUGUUAAUGUUUUGGUCAGUUCAGUGAGAGUGCCAAGGAAGGCACAGUGAAUGACUAGCUGCUUCCCCAAAGAGGGUUAAGGCUAUCAUUCCAUUUAUUUAUCUAUAUAUACCACAUGUUCACCAGAUGGAACAAAGAAUUUAUUUGUGAAGUGGGCAUUUCAUUUAAGCUAACCUUACACGGUUGCCCAUUCGGGGCCUCGAUGCCUCCCCAUCCAAAGAAAACAAAAAUAAAGGGGGUUAGUCUAUCAUGCC